GUUCUGCUCUGUUGUUUAAGGUGACGUGUGAUCUGUCUGGCAUGAAUGUUAACAUUGGUCUCCACGAAUUAAUAUUGUUGCUUGAUAAUACAUUAUUAUGCGAAAUAUGUUAAAACACGCAAGUAUUUUAAUUGUGUUCCUCUCUAUUCUUGAAUUUGGGACCGGUCUGUACUUUCAUAUCGGUGAGACGGAACGAAAAUGCUUUAUUGAAGAGAUUCCUGACGAUACUACGGUCUUAGUCAAUUAUAAGGUGGAACUUUAUGACCCAAGAAGCGGAGGCUUUAUGCCCAGCAGUCCUGGUAUCGGCAUGCAUGUAGAAGUAAAAGAUCCCGAUAACAAACCUAUUCUCUCUAGAGUUUACAGCUCUGAAGGUCGAAUCUCUUUUACUUCUCAAACACCAGGAGAACAUAUUAUCUGCUUGUAUUCAAACAGUACUGCCUGGUUCAGUGGUUCUCAACUGAGGGUGCAUUUAGAUAUUCAAGUAGGAGAAAAUGCAAUUGACUAUGCCAAUGUAGCACAAAAGGAAAAGUUGUCUGAGCUUCAACUUAGAAUACGCCAACUCUUGGAUCAAGUCGGACAAAUAACCAAAGAGCAAAAUUAUCAAAGAUAUCGGGAAGAACGUUUUAGGCAAACAUCGGAAAGCACUCAUCGUCGUGUAUUUUGGUGGUCUCUGGCUCAAACUAUAGUUGUUCUAAUUAUGGGUGCGUGGCAAAUGAAGCAUUUGAAGAGCUUUUUUGAGGCAAAAAAAUUAGUUUAAUUAUUUUAAUAAAAUAUGUUAAUUUUAGCAGCAACGUUAUUUACAUGUCUAAAUUUCAGUUGUAGCUUUAGGUCAUUUUCAUUAUAAACAAUUCUUUAACAGAUCUCUCAUCAAGUAAACAUUUGUAUCAAACUGUCGAUUAUCUUCUAAAGUUAACAAAUUGCUUGUAAUUAUAUAAUAUAUUGCAUAAUAUGUAAUAAGUUGUAAAAAUAAAGAUGUCUUGAAUUAAA